AUGAAGCCUCGCAGACCAAGCUGUGCAGAUUCAGGCUCUGAGUCUGACUCCAGAGAGCUGGAGAAAUUUGAAAGUGCGGCACGGAGGAGGAUGGCAGCCAAUGCUCGAGAGAGGAAGAGGAUGCAGGGCUUGAACACGGCCUUCGACAGACUCCGCAAAGUGGUUCCUCAGUGGGGUCAGGACAAGAAAUUGUCAAAGUACGAGACCCUACAGAUGGCUCUGAGCUACAUCAUGGCCCUCAACCGGAUCCUAACCGACUCCAGCACGCACAGCACCCCUCACAGGCAGUGGCUGGACCUGCAGUUUGACAGCAUGCAGUCGGAGAGCUACCCUUGCAUUGUGAGAUACAGCUCACCCAUUGAAACAGAAGACAUUCACUCCUCCUUCUCCUAUCAUUAUGAGGGCUUUCAAGUCCCUACUUAG